CCUAAGUGCUAAGGCCUGAAUGGAAAUCGGGAAGAGUCCACAGUUCAUUUUUUUUUUCGCACAUGCUGCUAGCCUGCUACAUAUUUUAUGCUAAAGCUAGAUUUCUCCCAGUGAGCGACGAAGAUGACGAGUUUGGAAGAAACGGUGGAGGAGAGGUUAACCGCUCUCAGAGGAGACCCAUGGAGGACGCAGCAGAAGUUCACCAUCUUCCGCGUCCCCGCCUUCCUCCGAGAGAGCAGUCGGACUUCCUACGAGCCGCGCUUGGUGUCGAUCGGGCCGUACUACCGUGGUGCCCCCGCCCUACGCGCCAUGGAGGAUCACAAGUGGCGUUACCUCUGCGACCUUCUGUCUGUGAACAUCCACUAUCCCGUUCUGGUCUCCGCGUCCGACUUGGUGGCUGAGAUACGAUCUCUCGAGGCCCAGGCGCGCGCCUGCUACAGCGACCCCGUCGACGACCUCAACUCCGACGAGUUCGUCCAGAUGCUCCUACUGGACGGUUGCUUCAUCCUGGAGUUCUUCUUCAAGUGGGAGAGGGAGGAGCCUGACACGCUCUGCGACGUCGGAUGGGGCCUCACGUUCGUCCUCUCCGAUCUGCUACUGAUGGAGAAUCAGAUCCCGUUUUUCGUUCUCCAGAAGAUAUAUGAUGCCGUCGUUCGCUCGCCCCGAGAAAUCCUCCUCAGGCUUCUCGUUAAGCACAUCGGCCGCAUGGAGCCAAUCGGACAGCCUUCUGGCGAGGUUAACCACAUCCUACACCUGUACUACGCGAGCUUCGUGCCCAAGUGGACGCCAUCGCAACGGGGACAGACGUCCAGUGCGCCGCGAGUGAUACCGAGCGCCGUCGAGAUGAGCGAAGCCGGGGUGACCUUCGCCGUGCGGCGAGACUCAAGCACCGACUACGAUGUGGUAUUCGACGCCCGCAGGGGCGUCAUGUACAUACCCACCAUACGGAUCGACGACGCGAGGACGCCGCUGCUCUCGAACCUGAUCGCAUUCGAGCAGACCCAGGGCAGCGAGGAGGCGCUCUACCUCAGCAGUUACGUGGCUCUGAUGGGCCAGCUCAUCGUCACGCCACGCGACGUCGCUCUGCUCCGCCGGCGCCGGGUGCUGGAGAACAUGCUGGCCAACGAUGAAGAUGCGGCUCGCUUCUUCAACCACCUCGGCGACUGCGGUGCGGUCAACCGCGACAACCAUGCCUUCGUCGAGCUGUACAAGGAUGUGGACCGCUACUGCGGGACGUGGUGGCACAGGAACACGGCGGCCCUCCGGCGCGACUAUUUCGCCAGCCCAUGGUCGGCCAUCUCCUUCGUGGCCGCUGCAGUGGCCGUCGCGCUCGCCGCUUUGCAGACCUACUUCACCAUCUUUCCAUUGAACAAAGCCCAUAUAUCCUCAUCCGAAUGGAGCAUUAAAGGGACACCGACUUAUCUGGUGAGUAUAAUUUAAUGUAUCUUUAUCUAUCUCUAUUAUAUAAAAAUUAAUGGUGUUUCCACCAAAACUUUGGUACAUCAUCUGACUCUUGCGCGGAUUUCGAUUUCUUGUGCUUCUGAUCACUUUAUUUGUUGACAAAUCGGUCCCAUGGCGACAAGAGCAGGGCUAAUAAUAUAGCCAAUAAGUUGGUUAUAAGACUUCUUGUAGGCUUUCAUGUAGUCCACUUAUAUAUAUAUUGGUUAGUUCUUCAUUUUUAAUGCAGGAUCCACAUGUCUCUCUCAUAUAGUGUCUUAGUUCUUGUACCUGAGCUGGCUAUAAUCUUAUAGCCAGCUUAUCCUCUCUCCUUCCCUCUCUCUUUCACAUCAGCAUUUAGUUGGCCUAUAGUUUGCUAUUAUACUUGCUCGAAGGAUAAAAAAGGGACAUAAGAACUCUUGGUUAGAACCACGUCGAACACUUGGCGACAGCGCUGUCCCUCGUCUGCGACAGAUGACUGAAACUACAUCAGAGAUGCAGUAAAACAGAGUAAAAGCAUUGCGGAUUGUGGGGCAAUUUUCUGGGCUCUAUUUCUUCCAAAACUGACGUAAAAACUGCGUACAAAAACUUCUAGCUACUGCUACUUAUAUCAUGCAAGAUAAACCGAAUCCGAGAAAGAAACGCGUCAUCUCAAGAUACUGUAAAUUCGGACUCAACACACACUGAACGCACACUGUCCUAAGAGCAAGUAUAAUAGCAGGCUAUAAACCGGCUAAAUGCUGACAUGAAGGAGAGAGUAGAAGUGGAUUGUAAGCUUAUAACCAGCUUGAGUACAAGAAAUAAUAAACUCUGUGAGAGAGACUUGUGAGUCCUGUAUUUAUGAUGAAUGGCUAACUAUUAUAUGGA